UGAAGACAGCACUAGUGGUGACGAAUUUAAUAACUUUGAGGAUACUCGUAGCAUUAGUGAUGAUGAACUUAAUGAUAUUGAGAGUAGUAAUACAGAAAUAAGUGUUUUGAGAACUAAAGAAGUAAAUAACGUUAUUACAAGAUUGUUGCAAGCAGUCCCAGAAGUGACUAAUCAUCGGCCACUUAUAGCAAAUGCAUAUACAAGUAUAAAUGAUAGUGAUAAUACAAGUAUGAAUGAUGAAUCAACUAGUUCAGAUAGUGAUGAUUUUGAGGUUGAGAUUAUUAGAGACUACAAUUUAAUAUCUUCUAAAAACUUAAACAAUACAAUCAAGCAAUUAGAAAAUAAAUUCAAAAGUGAUAAGUAUAGUAAGAUCGAGAAAGCUCGUUUUUAUACAAUGUUAUCUUAUUUGUAUCUUGUAGAACGUGGCCGAAAGAGAGUUGAAGCAAGUACUAUUAUAGCAGAAGCAGCUAGGAAGAGUGUUUAUUAUGCCCAUUACAUAUAUGCAUGGCCAACAAAUUAUAUUCAGAAUGGUGCAAUUCUAAUUUCAAAACAAGGAAAACAUCCAAAAACCUGGAGUUUUUUAUGGGAUGAUGAUAUUUUGAUACAGAUUAAGUCUUUUUUCCAAUCAAACAAAUAG